CCGCAGCCUGGCCGCUAUGCUCGGGGGGGUGUUUGUAGCUUUUUGAAGCUUUACGCUUGUUUUUAGUGCCACUUCACUGUCACCCCAUCAGACCUUGCAAAUUCACGUCAAAUUGGAAAUUUACACCUGGCGGCCUAUCGACUGGAUGUCUGCCAUCGCUUGGGUCGUCGAUCUGAGAACAUAAUUUGAACGGAAUUUCACAUUAUUUCCACUCCACUUGAUAGAAAUGGACAACUCCGACGUUAAAACAGCUGCUUUUGACUCACAGGGUUACAGUCCAACAUGCAAAAGGAAACGGACGGUGGAAGAUUUCAACAAGUUUUGCACGUUUGUCCUGGCCUAUGCAGGUUAUAUUCCAUAUCCACAGGAGGAGGCGCCGCUCAGGAGCAGCUCGAGUCCUCCCAACAGCACGGGCAGCACGGCAGAUAGCGACGGCCUUCCCUCACCCGAUCAGCCUCCGCACAAAAGCCGCAAGAGCUUCGGUGGCUUCAAGAGGCCCGCGAACGACGAGCCAAGGCUCCACAAGCAGCCCAAAUCGACGGACUUCCUCUUGGAGGGAUGCAAGAAGACCGACAAAAUGAAGAAGAAGAAAAAGAAGCCGACGGAGAACGUCAAGUCCGACGAGUCCAGCGUGUUCCCGCCGUUUCCCCCCGGCACCAGAGUGGAGCUUUCCGCUUUCGGUCGCACCGUCAAGGAGGAGCCGGAGGAUUACAUCAGCAUCUCGACGCCGCCUUCGUACACUGAGCACUCCGCUCACCCCAGCAGCAGCUCUCCGCACCGUAAUGGCUCUCACGGCACCGUAGGCUGCAAAAAGGAACCAGAGGCCGAGCGGGCGUGCUGGGAUUCCCCGGCCAGCUUGGGAAUGGAGUCCAGAGGCGAGAGCAGAGAGAGACUGGCGCUGCCUGACGGAGAAGCCGUGGUCAUGAAGAUGGAGGGAUGUCCCGGCACUAGAACGGUGAUACGGCAGGGAAAGCAGGUGGUGUUCCGCGAUGAAGACGGAUCCGCCGACGACGAGGACAUCAUGGUCGACUCAGAUGACGACUCGUGGGACCUGGUGACGUGUUUCUGUAUGAAGCCCUUCGCCGGCAGGGCGAUGAUUGAAUGCAACCAGUGCAACACCUGGAUCCACCUGUCCUGCGCCAAAAUCCGCAAGUCCAACGUCCCGGAGACGUACACCUGCCAGCAGUGCAAAGACUCCAAAUUUGACAUUCGGCGCUCGAACCGCUCGCGCAUGGGCUCUCGAAAGCACCUUCUGGACUGACAUCGCUCGUGCCCCUCCCCCGAGUACGAACUCUGAUCGAGACCGGAGAUGAGUACAGAAGAGGAAGGGCUCGGACUGCGUUAUUAACUUUGCCCCCCCCCCCCCCCCCCCCCAGUUUUAUAUAUCGUCCACCUUCCUAACUGUUUUUUGUUUGUUUGUUUGCGUAAGGCAAUCAUAACCUCCUUAGUCGAUGCAUUAAAGAGGAAAGAUUCUACAGAGGUUUCAAAAUGGACGUCAUGUUCUCGAAGGCUUUUAUGAGACGCUUUCGACAGGAACGAGGACGAUGGAUUGCACUUGUUUUUGUGGGUUUUUUUUUUUUUUUUUAAUCUUGAUUAAUUUUUCAAAAAGGGAGCGUUUGUACCCAAAGCUUUGAAAACUGUGUGCGUAUUCGUUCAAAGUGUUGUGUUCGACUUAUUUCGUUGUGGAACUUUCUGGAAUCCCAAAAUGUCUAUAGAGUUAUAGUGAAAAUAAUAAUAAUAAUAAUAAUAAUAAUAAUAAUAGCGGUGCAGAAUCUGUCCUUGAGUGAAUAAUCGAAGAGAAAUUC